CGCAGCGUGAGCAGCUGCCCCAGUAGCGGCCCCAGGUUCCCGGAGCAUCGUGCUCGGAGAAGACUUCGCCGCUCCGGGCCGCAGCCUGUGUGACCUCAUCGCUGCCCUGUCGUGACUUCAUCAAUGUCGUGUUGUGACCUGGCUGCGGUGGGACAGUUGGGCAAGGCGAGCACCAUGGCCUCGGAUUGUGAGCCAGCUCUGAACCAGGCAGAGGGCCGAAACCCCACCCUGGAACGCUACCUGGGAGCCCUCCGUGAGGCCAAGAAUGACAGCGAGCAGUUUGCAGCCCUGCUGCUAGUGACCAAGGCAGUCAAAGCAGGUGACAUCGAUGCCAAAACUCGGCGGCGGAUCUUCGAUGCUGUGGGCUUUACCUUCCCCAAUCGCCUCCUGACCACCAAGGAGGCACCGGAUGGCUGCCCCGACCAUGUUCUGCGGGCCCUGGGUGUGGCCCUGCUGGCCUGCUUCUGCAGUGACCCUGAGCUGGCCGCCCAUCCCCAGGUCCUGAACAAGAUCCCCAUCCUUAGCACCUUCCUCACAGCCCGGGGGGACCCCGAUGAUGCUGCCCGCCGCUCUAUGAUUGACGACACCUACCAAUGCCUGACAGCUGUGGCAGGCACACCCCGCGGGCCCCGGCACCUCAUUGCUGGUGGCACUGUAUCUGCCCUGUGUCAGGCAUACCUAGGGCAUGGUUAUGGUUUUGACCAAGCACUGGCACUCCUUGUGGGGCUGCUGGCUGCUGCCGAGACCCAGUGCUGGAAGGAGGCAGAGCCUGACCUGCUGGCUGUGUUGCGAGGCCUCAGUGAGGAUUUCCAGAAAGCUGAGGAUGCCAGCAAGUUUGAGCUCUGCCAGCUGCUGCCCCUCUUUCUGCCCCCAACAACCGUGCCCCCUGAAUGCCUCCGGGAUCUGCAGGCCGGGCUGGCACGCAUCCUGGGCAGCAAGCUGAGCUCCUGGCAGCGUAAUCCUGCACUAAAGCUGGCAGCCCGCUUGGCACACGCCUGUGGCUCUGACUGGAUCCCGGCUGGCAACUCGGGGAGCAAGUUCCUGGCCCUGCUGGUGAACCUGGCAUGCGUUGAGGUGCGGCUGGCACUAGAGGAGACAGGCUCGGAGGUAAAAGAGGAUGUAGUAACCGCCUGCUACGCCCUCAUGGAGCUGGGCAUCCAGGAGUGCACCCGCUGUGAGCAGUCCCUGCUUAAGGAGCCGCAGAAGGUGCAGCUCGUGAGCAUCAUGAAGGAGGCCAUUGGGGCUGUCAUUCACUACCUGCAGCAGGUGGGGUCGGAGAAGCAGAAGGAACCAUUUGUGUUUGCCUCGGUGCGGAUCCUGGGCGCCUGGCUGGCCGAGGAGACCUCAUCGCUGCGCAAGGAGGUCUGCCAGCUGCUGCCCUUCCUCGUCCGCUAUGCCAAGACCCUCUAUGAGGAGGCUGAGGAGGCCAGUGACCUCUCCCAGCAGGUGGCCAACCUGGCCAUCUCCCCUACCACUCCAGGGCCCACCUGGCCAGGAGACGCUCUCCGGCUCCUUCUCCCCGGCUGGUGCCACCUGACAGUGGAAGAUGGGCCCCGGGAGAUCCUGAUCAAAGAGGGGGCUCCCUCACUCCUGUGCAAGUAUUUCCUGCAACAGUGGGAACUCACAUCCCCUGGACAUGACACCUCAGUGUUGCCCGACAGCGUGGAGAUCGGCCUGCAGACUUGCUGCCACAUCUUCCUCAACCUCGUGGUCACUGCACCAGGGCUGAUCAAGCGUGAUGCCUGCUUCACAUCUCUCAUGAACACCCUGAUGACGUCGCUGCCUGCACUCGUGCAGCAACAGGGGAGGCUGCUGCUAGCCGCCAAUGUAGCCACCCUGGGCCUCCUCAUGGCCCGGCUCCUUAGCACCUCUCCAGCUCUUCAGGGGACACCAGCCUCCCGAGGCUUCUUUGCAGCUGCCAUCCUCUUCCUUUCACAGUCCCACGUGGCACGGGCCACACCUGGCUCGGACCAGGCAGUGCUGGCCCUGUCCCCUGACUAUGAGGGCAUCUGGGCCGACUUACAGGAGCUCUGGUUCCUAGGUAUGCAGGCCUUCACAGGCUGCGUGCCACUGCUGCCCUGGCUGGCCCCCGCUGCCCUGCGUUCCCGCUGGCCACAGGAGCUGCUCCAGCUGCUGGGCAGCGUCAGCCCCACCUCCGUCAAGCCUGAGAUGGUGGCUGCCUAUCAGGGUGUCCUGGUGGAGCUGGCCCGGGCCAACCGGCUGUGCCGGGAAGCCAUGCGGCUUCAAGCAGGCGAGGAGACAGCCAGCCACUAUCGCAUGGCCGCCCUGGAGCAGUGCCUGUCAGAGCCCUGAGGGGUGUCCACUGGGGACAGACCCAGGGGUGGUAGUGAGGGAAGGAGGGAGGAGGCAUCUUCCCUGAAGCCCCCAAACUAAAUCUUCCUCUAGACUCUACCCGCAAACCCCCUAGCUUUCUGGCUUUUCUGAGGGCGAGGGCGUAGUGCCUGCCCUUCAAGUGUAAGGAACUGUAUCCUGUCCC